CUGAAUAAAACGGAAAAUUGAAAACAUCUCAGUUCUGAAGAGAUCCACAGCUGGUCACAGAAGCAGCAGACUCUCAUUUCACUCGAAUUCUAUCUUCAUACGUGUCAACAUGGAGCAGGAGCUGGCACCUCUGAGAGCAGCAGUACGGGAACAGGGCGAGCUCGUGCAGAAGCUGAAACAAGAAGGAGCCUCAGAUCAGGAAGUGAACAAAGCUGUUUCAGAACUGAAAGCCCGCAAGAAGGUCCUUGAAGCCAAGGAGCUGGCUCUGCAGCCCAAGGAGGAGACAGUAGACAGGGUGAAAAUGGAGGACACCCUAAAGAGGAGGUUCUUUUACGAUCAGGCCUUUGCCAUAUAUGGAGGUGUCAGUGGUCUGUAUGACUUCGGCCCUGUGGGCUGCGCCCUGAAGAACAACAUCCUCCAGGCCUGGAGGCAGCACUUCAUCCAGGAGGAGCAGAUCCUGGAGAUCGACUGCACCAUGCUGACUCCUGAGCCUGUUUUGAAAACAUCAGGACACGUUGAUAAAUUUGCUGACUACAUGGUCAAGGAUGCCAAAACUGGAGAAUGUUACCGAGCUGACCACCUACUGAAAGCUCACCUAAAGAAACUGAUGUCUGAGGAGAAGUGCACGGAGGAGAAGGCCAAAGAGAUGGAUGAUGUCAUCACCCAGAUGGACAACUACACUCAGCAGGAGUUAGCCGACCUCUUUGUGAAGUACAACGUCAAAUCUCCCUCCACAGGAAAUGACCUCACACCUCCUGUUUCCUUCAACCUGAUGUUUCAGACUUCUAUUGGACCAGGAGGCAACAUGCCUGGUUACCUGAGGCCUGAAACAGCUCAGGGCAUGUUCCUCAACUUCAAGCGCCUCCUAGAGUUCAACCAGGGAAAACUGCCCUUCGGCGCUGCUCAGAUCGGAAACUCCUUCAGGAAUGAAAUCUCUCCUCGCUCUGGACUCAUCCGAGUCAGGGAGUUCACCAUGGCUGAGAUUGAGCACUUUGUGGACCCCAACGACAAAGUUCACCCAAAGUUCUCCAACGUGGCUGAUCUGGAGAUACUGUUGUUCUCCUCUAAAGCUCAGACAAGUGGGCAGUCUGCACAGGUCAUGAGACUGGGUGACGCUGUGGAGCAGGGAGUGAUCAACAACUCCGUGCUGGGCUACUACAUCGGAAGAAUCUACCUGUACCUGCUCAAAGUGGGCCUCUCCAAGGAUAAAGUGCGAUUCCGUCAGCACAUGGAAAACGAGAUGGCUCACUACGCCUGUGACUGCUGGGACGCGGAGUCCAAAACCUCCUACGGUUGGAUAGAAAUUGUGGGCUGCGCUGACCGUUCCUGUUACGACCUUUCGUGCCACACCAGGGCGACCAAAGUACCUCUGGUGGCAGAAAAGCCCCUCAAAGAACCCAAAGUAGUCAACGUGGUCCAGUUUGAGCCCAACAAAGGAGCCAUAGGAAUGGCCUACAAGAAGGAGGCCAAGUUGGUGCUGGACUUCCUGGCCGUUUGUGAUGAGUGCUACAUCACUGACCAGGAGAAGCUGCUCAAUGACGCUGGGGAGUUCACCAUUGAGACCGAGGGCAAAAAGUUCAAACUGACCAAAGACAUGGUCGCUGUGAAGAGGUUCCAGAAAACUGUGCACGUGGAGGAAAUUGUUCCUAACGUGAUCGAACCCUCGUUUGGCAUCGGCAGAAUCAUGUACUCCAUCUUUGAGCACUCGUUCAAAAUCAGAAAGGGUGAUGAGCAGAGAACGUAUUUCAGCUUCCCAGCUCCUGUGUCUCCGUACAAAUGCUCCAUCCUGCCACUGAGCCAAAACCAGGAGUUCAUGCCUUUUGUGACCCAGCUGUCUGAGGCCAUGACCAAACACGGCUUGACCCACAAGGUGGAUGACUCCUCUGGAUCCAUCGGGCGGCGCUAUGCCCGCUCAGAUGAGAUCGGUGUGGCCUUCGGUAUCACCAUUGACUUUGACACCGUGAACAAGACGCCACACACAGCCACUCUGAGAGACCGGGACUCGAUGAGGCAGAUCAGGGCCGAGGUUUCUGACCUACCUGGGGUGGUUCGAGACUUGGCCCACGGCACGUUGACCUGGGCUCAGGUGGAGAGCAAGUACCCCAGCUUUGAAGGACAAGAGACCAGCAAAAAAGAGUGACGAAACUGAGACUCGUCUGCUGCACCGCCACAAACACGCCAUACUGUCAAAAAAAAAAAAAGUUAGUUUUGUUACUGCUUCAACUUUCAUUUUAUAUACUAACAAAU